AGGAAAUUAAGGCUGAUAUUUGUGAAUUCCAGUGCAAAUCCUACUUCCAUUUGUAUUUGUAUUAAAGAGAGGAGAGGAGAACAUCGCAGCAUAGCACUUGUCGUUUGACGGCUUCUUUUCACAGGCUUCAGAUUCGCGGAAACUCAGUGGUCUCCAUUGCUCACCAUCGUAGAGAGAGAAAACAAAGAGUUAGAGAGAGAAACAAAGAGUUUUCAGUCCCUCUCUCUCUUGAUUUGGAUGAACAGACGCUGUAUCUCCAUCCUUCCAAAAAACCCAUCUCUCUCUCUCUAUCGAUUUGGAUGAAAAGACCGCUGUGUAUCUUCCACUGAAGAAAACCCAACUGUUUAACUCUAUCAAGAAACUGAACACACACACUCUCUCUCGCUCUAGAAGUACAGAGUACAGCUGCAUAUCAUAUUUGGAAAAAACCCAUUUGUUCUCGAGUUGAGAGGGUGGCUUUUACUUAGUCUCUCUAUCUUGUUCUCUCUCUAGAUUUAGAUGAGAAGUUUGCUGUAUUUCCAUUUUAGCGAAAAACCCAUCUGUUGUUUCAUGGUGGGUUCGGCUUCUUGCUAGUUUCUUGGAGCUUAUUGGGACGGAGAAAGGACGGGAGAGAAGGGAAAUAGAAGAGUGGGUUCUUGCGGGUUUCUCUGUAAUGGCAGUUGCUUCUCCUCUGUGUACAUGGCUUGUAGCGGCAUGCAUGUCAAGAACGGUAAUGGCGGUUUCGGGGGACCAGCCCCAACAACCUGGUUUGAGGUCGGGUCGAUGGGCGAGGAAGAGAAUGGCUCGUGCUAAGGCCAUGUGUGAGAGCCUUAGCGUGAUGCCUGGUUAUGGCUCGAGCUUGGUAUCUUUCUGUGGAUCCAGCCUUCAAGGAUUGAGUUCUUGCCUUGCAUUUGAGCCAUGCCAGGAAUAUUACAGUUGUAAGGACCCUCCACUGUUUGGGGAGAAUUGUUUCUCUCUCUUUGGUUCGAAAGGAUUGAAGGUCGGGCGAAGGCAGCGCAGGGUGAAUCACGCCUCUGGGAAAGCCAUGGCUGUUGCUGUUCAACCUGCCAAAGAUGUUGGAUUAAAGAAGAAAACUCUCAAAAAGCAAAGAAGGGUUGUUGUCACAGGGAUGGGUGUGGUCACUUCUCUAGGCCAUGAAUUGGAUCCCUUCUAUAACAAUCUACUUGAGGGUGUCAGUGGGGUUACUGAGAUUGAAACAUUCGACUGCACUGAUUUUCCUACUAGAAUUGCUGGAGAAAUCAAGUCUUUCUCAACAGAUGGAUGGGUUGCACCAAAAUUCUCUAAGCGAAUGGACAAGUUCAUGCUUUACUUGCUUACUGCUGGGAAAAAGGCCUUGGCUGAUGGUGGAAUGAGUGAUGAGGUCCAGAGGGAGUUAGAUAAAGCAAAGUGUGGUGUGUUGAUUGGCUCUGCGAUGGGUGGGAUGAAGGUUUUCAAUGAUGCCAUAGAGGCUCUUAGGGUUUCAUACAAAAAGAUGAAUCCCUUCUGUGUACCAUUUGCAACUACUAAUAUGGGGUCUGCAAUGCUUGCAAUUAAUCUGGGAUGGAUGGGUCCAAAUUACUCAAUUUCAACAGCUUGUGCAACAAGUAACUUCUGUAUAUUAAAUGCUGCCAAUCAUAUUAUCAGGGGUGAAGCUGAUGUUAUGCUUUCUGGUGGCUCUGAUGCAGCAAUUAUACCUAUUGGGUUGGGAGGUUUUGUAGCAUGCAGAGCUCUUUCACAGAGAAACAAUGAUCCCACCAAAGCGUCGCGACCAUGGGAUACUAAUCGGGAUGGAUUUGUUAUGGGAGAAGGUGCCGGUGUGCUGCUACUGGAAGAGUUGGAGCAUGCCAAGCAAAGAGGAGCAAAGAUCUAUGCGGAAUUUCUAGGUGGAAGCAUCACUUGUGACGCUUACCACAUGACAGAGCCUCACCCUGAAGGUACAGGCAUUGUUCUUUGCAUAGAGAAGGCUCUUUCUCAAUCUGGGGUUGCCAGGGAAGAUGUUAACUAUGUAAAUGCUCAUGCUACUUCUACACAGUCUGGUGACUUGAAAGAAUACAAAGCUCUUCUACACUGUUUCGGUCAGAAUCCUGAGCUAAGAGUUAACUCUACAAAAUCAAUGAUUGGUCAUUUAUUGGGAGCAGCCGGUGCUGUUGAAGCCGUGGCCGUCAUUCAGGCUAUUCGAACAGGGUGGAUUCAUCCAAAUGUCAAUCUUGAAGAGCCUGACAAAGAUGUGGAUUUGAGAGUGCUUGUGGGGCCUACCAAGGAGCGACUGGACAUCAAGGUUGCGCUCUCGAACUCAUUCGGCUUUGGGGGCCACAACUCCUCUAUCCUCUUUGUCCCUUACAAGUAACUUUGCUUUAUGCACCACCUAUAAGUCCCAGAUUUGUGAAAGUACAUGUAAGAGAAGAAAGCCUUGUGGUCAAUGGCCCUCAGCUGUAGUUGGAUCCUGCCAUUCACACAUUUUUCUUUGCUUAGCAGAAAGAAAGAAAAAAUAUAGUUGUAUUAGUGGGUUAAUGGAAAAAAAAUAUUCAAAAUAUUUCAUGAGUUCUCCCUUGUUUAUGCCUUGUUUGCUGCUGAGAAAAUAUUGAGAUACAUGCUACACCAUGCAGAUGAGCCUUUGUCCCGAGAUGGGAUCCAACCGCCCUUGGUAGAGGCAAUAGAAACACCUUGCCAAUGUCGAAAUUCC